AUGCGUCGUGGUACCGGAAGCUGGCGGGCUGACAAGCUGCUGGCAGCAACCUGUCAACAAUUUUUGUGUGUAGCGAAAAUAAGUGUUGGUCGGCGUGUUGGUGGAACUGGAGGACUUCAUUAUAACGGUCCUUUCUGUGUAUGAUGGCUGCAGUGUAAUGGCACGACCAUGAAGGCUCAGUUACAAGUUACAGUGCUGUCAGCCAAGCUGAAGGAAAACAAAAAGAACUGGUUUGGCCCAAGCCCAUACGUUGAAGUUGCUGUGGACGGACAGUCAAAGAAGACCGAGAAGUGUAACAACACACACAGUCCAAAAUGGAAGCAAGCACUCACAGUCAUCGUUACCCCAUUCAGCAAGUUGAUCUUCCGAGUUUGGAGCCAUCAGACUCUCAAGGCCGACAUGUUGUUGGGAAUAGCAACUCUCGAGAUAAGCAAAGCUCUCAAGGCUAACGACUUGAAAUUAUGUGAGGUGGUGCAGAAUCUGCAGCUUGCCUCGGACAGGGAUCGCCAGGAUGUCGUUGGUGACCUGUCUGUCUUGUUGGAUGGCCUGCAGGUCGACGCAGAGACCUUUACCUCUGCUGAGAGAGAACACGAAGCUGCCUCCAAUGGGAAGGCAAGGCCGAACAGAGAAACCGGAAACAGGUCCAGCCGAGAUGCGUCUCCGUCCAGUGAAUCGGAUGAGUGGGUCAUCGUACCAAACGGCAACGGCGUCAACCAAACGGGUUCUCCAGCUCCCUCUCCAGGGGGCUCGGGGGGCUUACGUCCUCCGAGACCUGCCCGGCCCCCACCACCCACCCCCCGCAGACCAACCGCCUCACCAGCCUCCUCCAACAGCUCAUCCACCUGUGAUGUGAACGAGGUCGCUGCCGUGACCAACGGCGCCACGCUGGGUGCUAUGAGUGGGGCUUCCAACCCACAGAACAGCCCCGGGGGUGCAGCAGCAGCAGCAGCAGCAGCAGCAGCAGCAGCGGUGGGAGAUGGAGGGGAGCCCUCAGUGACCUCCAGUGGUGCUGAACCACCGCCUCCUGCCCCACCUGCUGCAGGCUCCGGCGCCGUCGUCCCAAGAGUCACACCCGUUAGCAACGGGCCCCUGCCGCCAGGGUGGGAGCAGCGGGUAGACCAAAACGGCCGCAUGUACUUUGUUGAUCACAUCGAGAAGAGGACGUCUUGGGAGCGGCCUGAAGCUCUGUCCCCAGGGUGGGAGCGCCGGGUGGACCCCAUGGGUAGAGUGUACUACGUGGACCACAUGACGCGCACCACCACGUGGCAGCGCCCCACCCAGGAGUCGGUGCGCAACUUCGAGGAGUGGCAGCAUCAGCGCAGCCAGCUGCAGGGCGCUAUGCAGCAGUUCAACCAGAGGUUCAUCUAUGGGCUCCAAGAUCAGCUCGCUCCCGCAGCCAAUAAAGAGUUUGACCCGCUUGGACCUCUACCACAUGGCUGGGAAAAGAGAACGGACACUAAUGGCAGAGUGUAUUAUGUUCAUCAUACAAAUCGCACAACUCAAUGGGAGGACCCCAGGACCCAAGGAAGACUGAAUGACAAGCCCCUGCCAGAGGGCUGGGAGAUGAGGUUCACCGUGGACGGUAUCCCCUACUUUGUGGACCACAACCGUCGGACCACCACCUACAUCGACCCCCGCACGGGCAAAUCUUCGCUUGAGAAUGGGCCUCAGAUUACCUAUGUCAGGGACUUUAAAGCCAAAGUUCAGUACUUCCGCUUCUGGUGUCAGCAACUGUCGAUGCCUCAGCACAUCAAAAUAACAGUCAGCCGGAAAACUCUGUUCGAGGAUUCGUUCCUACAAAUCAUGGGAUUCCACCCACAAGAUCUGAGACGACGAUUGUGGAUAAUUUUCCCUGGAGAAGAGGGCCUGGACUACGGGGGGGUGGCCAGGGAGUGGUUCUUCCUGCUCUCCCACGAAGUGCUGAACCCCAUGUACUGUCUGUUUGAGUACGCCGGCAAGGACAACUACUGUCUGCAAAUCAACCCCGCCUCCUACAUCAACCCCGACCACCUCAAGUACUUCAAGUUCAUCGGGCGCUUCAUCGCCAUGGCUCUGUUCCACGGCAAGUUCAUCGACACUGGAUUCUCCCUGCCCUUCUACAAGCGCAUUCUGAACAAACCGCUGGCACUCAAGGACCUGGAGUCAAUAGACCCCGAGUUCUACAACUCCCUCAUCUGGAUCAAGGACAACGACAUCGAGGAGUGCGCCCUUGAGAUGUUCUUCUCCGUGGACAAGGAGAUCCUUGGCGAGGUCACCACCCACGACCUGAAGCCCGACGGAGGCAACAUCCAGGUGACCGAGGAGAACAAGGAGGAGUACAUCAGGCUGGUGGCCGAGUGGAGGCUGUCCAGGGGAGUGGAGGAACAGAGCCAGGCCUUCUUCGAGGGCUUCAACGAAGUCCUUCCUCAGCAGUACCUCCAGUACUUUGAUGCCAAGGAGCUUGAGGUGAUGCUGUGUGGCAUGCAGGAGAUAGAUCUGUCGGACUGGCAGAGGAAUGCCAUAUACAGACAUUAUGCACGCACCAGCAAGCAGAUCCUCUGGUUCUGGCAGUUUGUGAAGGAGAUGGACAACGAGAAGAGAAUGCGACUGCUGCAGUUUGUCACGGGCACCUGUAGGCUGCCUGUGGGAGGCUUCGCCGACCUCAUGGGGAGCAACGGUCCACAGAAGUUCUGCAUCGAGAAGGUCGGCAAAGAAAACUGGCUUCCAAGAAGCCACACAUGCUUUAAUCGUCUGGAUCUCCCCCCCUACAAAAGCUAUGAGCAGAUGAAAGAGAAGCUGAUGUUUGCCAUCGAGGAGACCGAAGGCUUCGGCCAGGAGUAGGAGUAGGAGGUGGAGGACGAAAAUCAGAUUCAAGUUCCAGGCUUUCUUGCUUUCUUUUUAGUUUCAGGUAGCAGCAAUGUCAAAAGGACUGGAGUUGCAGUAUGAAGUUGCCACUCUUCUAUAGCUUAUGGACAUAAGAUAACACAUUCCCUCCUACAGUAUAUUUUGGUGAAGACAUAUUCACCACGGUUGUAGUCCUUUCCUCACUAAUAACUCGACUUGAGAGUCCUUCCCACUUGACCGUUCACCCCUGCCACUUCACACAGAUGCAGCUUGCCUUACCCAACUUUUUGAGCAUGCAUAAGAGGAGAUGGCUGCCAGCCCAACCGUUUACCAAUCACGGCAUGCUCACCAUCGUUUAUUGUGUACACGAGCAAGUGCUCAAUGUUCUUUCCCAUUCAUGCAGCAGUACUUUAUCGACUUAAGAGAAGAGCCACAUGGCUGGCCUAUGCACUACUACUAGAAACAACUAAAGGACGAAUCUUAUAUUGUGUAUUUGCUGUGAUAUAUUUUUAUUCUAAAUUUUUGUUUGUACAAUGUCGCCGUAGUGAGUACACAGUUAGCAGACAGUGUAAAUAACAUUUUAACAUUUAAAAAAAACAUAGAGGAUCACAUAUUCUAAAUAUUUUGUAUCUAACUUAUUUUGAUUAACCUUUCUGGCGUAAAGAUCGCCUAAUGAAGCUAAUUGGAGUGACUAAUUGGGGUAUCGGGUAGUAGAGUUGCAUCGCUAGGACUCACUUUUACUGACUUUUAGUUUGUUGAUAACGUCAUGGUUCUGUAAGGAUUGAGAUGGCUGAGACUGCUGUUAAGCAGCAGUAUUUUUUUAAGUGCAAUAGUUUUUCUAGAAAGAAAAUCUGCUUAGCCAUCAAAGCCAAUGCGAUGUAAUAGAGUAGCGAUUUUAGUUCAUUGGUAUUCAGCACAGUUAUGCAUUUUGCUGUGAGUUAUUCCCUCCUCCCCCUCUUGUUCUUAAAGCCGGGCUCUGCAGUUAACUGCUAGAUCCACCUGCGUGACACUGGAUAGGCCCUCCUCUACCGACGUUGGGGGAGCAAAACCCUGGAAAAGCUUUUGCUAGCAUGAGAAUCAGCUUUGCUGCUGAUGAAGUGGGAUUAUAGGAUAAUGUAUGAAGAAGAGAUAGAAGCGAGUUGAUAACACCACUUCCUCCCACUGAAGGCUAGCAGCUGAUGUCUUCUAUAGAAAUAAGUAUUAUCACAGGCAUCAGAGACAAAUGACUCCAUGGGCUUGAGAACUUGGGUUUUAUGUAAAUAUGUUUUAUGAAUUCAAUUGAGAAAACAAAUACACAGUAGAUGAUAACGAUCCUCAGCCUUAGCCCAGGGACUGAUAAUGCUUUUUGUAGGACUACAAAUUAACAUUUGAUUGCACUAAUGUGAGUGGCCCUAGUUUUAUAGGGCAUUGAGUAUCAUGGAAUGUAGUGACGUUGCGUUUCUCGUUGUGACCCCAAAGUAAAUCUAUCUUACCAUUUAGGAAUUGUCAGUAAUGACUCGUAACCAACAGUGCAACCACCUUUUAAGAAGUAAUUGGAUUGAUUAAGUGUAUUCUGUUUGUUUAUGGGAGGAGUAAAAUAAAAGGUAUUUUCUUA